AUGUCUCUCGUUAUUCCUGAGAAGUUUCAGCACAUCCUUCGUAUCAUGAAUACUAACAUUGAUGGUAAUCGUAAGGUGACCAUCGCCAUGACGCUCAAGGGUGUUGGUCGUCGUUACGCCAAUAUUGUACUCAAGAAGGCCGACGUUGAUCUGCUCAGAGGAAGAGCUCAUCAAACCCAAGGCACUACAAAAUCUCCAACUAGUUCCUCAACAGACAAAAGGAUGUUCUCGAUGCGUUUGAAGAAGAUCCUUGACCAUCGUGUUAUGCGUCUUACCUGGUGUCUCCGUGGUCAACACACAAAGACAACUGGUCGUCGUGGACGCACUGUUGGUGUGUCCAAGAAAAUGUAA